UUGAAUGGUGAACCUUCUCUACCCAGAAAAAAGUCAAAUACUCAACUUGAAAUUCAUUCUGCUAGGUCGUACUACGGUGGUCGCGACACGGACCGCUUUUUUGGCGGUGCGUUCGAGGGAGACGAGAGUGAUGGUGAUGUGGAUGGCGUAGACGAUGAGCCACCGGCUGAGCUAGUUCCUCUUGGAAUGCGUGGAGGCAGUGGGUCAUCUACCGUACGCAGUCCCAGAAAUCGAACUCGCAGUGGAUCCCAUCAGCACAAGCCCGGCUUCUUUGAUGAAUUUAGUCUGAGGCAUGAAAUUUGUAUUGUUGUUUGGAGCCGUCGGUAA